CAGAGGCAGGGCAGGGCAGGACAGGACAGGACAGGACAGGACAGGGACAGGAUCAGUGGUCAUGAUUACUCUCAUGAAUUUCAGCUAAAGUGGAAUACACGUUGUGUGAGAGAGUGCGUGUGUAAGUGUGUGUGUGAGUGUGUGUGUGAGUGUGUGUGUUCCGGUAUUAAGGGUCGUUAAUGUUGUGUUGUGGAGUUUUCAGUCACGGGAAUGCACAAGGAAAAAGUAUACAAGUGCAGUGGAGAAUAGCAAAUGAAGAAAAAAUGGAACCCUAGUGCAACAUCAACAGACCGGGACUCCUGGGCCCAAAACAGCGAUACUUGGUUGCUAUAAUCCUUUGGACGCCAAUGGAUUACCGUUUUUCGUGACGGGAAGAUAACACAGCCUCUUGCGAAAUAACGGAGUGUGCAGGUCAACCAGCACUAAAAGAAGACCUGCAAGUUAUGCAAAGCAGAGAUUGUGUGGCAUGGAUGUACCACAGUGAUGCACAUGAAAAGAAAACUGGUGUCACAGAUGAAGUCCAAACAUCAGCACGUUGUAGUGCAAUUGAGUUAAGGCUGACCUUUAACCACCACUGAAUCCAGUAUGUGUGAGGUCCAGGCCACUGUGGAAUUUUCUGUAGAGCUGCACAAGUUUUACAAUGUGGAUCUAUUUCAGAGAGGGUUUUAUCAGGUCCGUGGCAAUCUGAAAGUACCUCCUCGAAUCCCUCACAGAAUAGAGACCAGUCUACUUCGUCCCACAAAUUCCGAUAUGGUCAUUCCUGCAACAGUGCAAGGCGACGUCAUCUACAGCAAAACCUUUCAGAUUCUCUACAAGAAUGAAGAAAUAGUAGUCAACGAUGUUCUCAUAUUUAAGGUGAUGAUGCUCCUAGAUGAGAAGAAGGUGGAAGAGUCCUUAAAUGAUAUGGAUUUUCAGCUCUCUCUGGACCUAUACUUUGCUGAUGGUGAUUACAUGCCAGAGGAUUCUAGGUCAUUGCAGAGUAUCAGCAGUCGGACAUUGCGAUUGCAUUUUAGUCUUCACAGAGGCAUGCACCAGCACAUCAAUGUCAUGUUUGACUAUUUUCACCUAUCAAUCAUCUCUGUCACCAUCCACGCCUCCCUGGUGGCCCUGCAUCAACCCCUCAUCAGCUUCCCCCGGCUUGGGAAAAGCACCUGGCUAAACCGCAGUGUACCAACACAGGGCAAAGAUCUUCUGAUCCCAAACCUAGAGACUGUGGUAUUUGGCUGCACCUAUGUCAAGCAACUGUCUCCAGAUGGCAAAACGUUCCUGGUAUCGGAUCAGUGUCUACAGCAUGCCUUCAGCUUGCACCGUAGCCUCUGCGCCAGCUUGCUGCUGGCCUACCAGGGCCUAUUUGAGUACUUCAUGGCUCUUACCAAGAGCCUCCCUUUCUCUCAUCGUAUGGAGCUUGCCAAGCCCAGCAUGCAAGUCCUUUAUGAGCGAGUUCUAAGAAGACCUUUUCCCAGUGGCCAAAGGCACAUCCACAUAGAAAAACUGGAUGUGGAAGCUCGUCUCCAUGAGCUUUGCGAACAUAUCAAGCAGAAGGCAGAGAGCCCAGAUGAGCUUGCUGAACUAAUUAAUAUGAAUCUUGCACAGUUGUGCUCUUUGCUGAUGGCUCUGUGGGGCCAGUUCCUAGAAACAGUCUCCCUAAAUGACAGUGUCAUGGCACUUUUGGCCCAAGAACAUCACAUCUUAAGGGUACAGAGAUUUUCUGAAGCUUUCUUUUGCCUUGAACACCCAAGGCAGGCUGCACUGGCCUUCCAGGAGAUGCAUGCACAUAGCCACCAACAGAUGACUGGAGUCAUUAGGAGCUCAUCAUACUUUCUUUCCUUACCACCACUUCCUGUGGAAUGUGCUGAACUAGAUGGAGAUGCCAGCUCUCUACCAAUAAUAUUUGAGGAUCGAUAUCUGGAAUCUGUUAAAGAGGAUCAUCAUGUUCCAUGGCUUGGUCUACCCAAUCCUAGGAAUGGAUCUGGACCUUCUAAACCAGAUAAGCCUAGUCAUUACCCAGAACUUUAUCAAGCUGCUUUAGUCACUAACUGGCACAAGGAGAAUGAGCCUUCUAUAAAAUCCAAGGCCAAAUCCAUCAAACUGAGGAAGAACACAAAGACUGACAACUCUAAAAAGCUAAUCAGUCAGUGUUCAAAAGACUCUGUGAUUUUGACAGGCUUCAAGAAUCUGAAAGUCCUUAAUGAUGAACCAGAUGAAAAGUCCAAAAAAGACGUACAGUGCAGUCAGCAAGAAAAACAAGAAUAUUUGCUUGGAGAUCCCAGCACCAGGUUAAGAUCCAUGUCUAAAUACAUGACUCAUAAUGACACUAGAACUUUAACUAUAGAACAUCUUAUGAAUAACAGUCAGACUAACACUAGCAUUAUAAGUGACAGUUUUACAAACCUAAUGGGUUCACAAGCACAGGAAGAGACUAAAACUGUUGCCAAAGAGAGUAAAGCAACUGAGGGAGACAAUAUUGUGGUCAUACCUCCAGGGAUCCAACAUAUUGAGGUCAAACCUCAAGACAAGAAUCCCUACCUGGGAGAUAAAGUCACUGUCCUAUUUUCAAGCCUCAGUGAUCCAAUACAUACAAGGGGAGGCAUUCCAGGUACUACACCAAAAGAUUGCUGUGAGUCCACGAUUCAACACGGAGAGAAUUGUGGUAACCGAGAGCUUGUGGAUAUGGGGCCAGAUUGUGUGAUCACACCGAGGAGUAACUUUUUACAAACUGCAGCAACAAGACUCUCAGAUUCAGGUAUCGAGAGUGAGCCUAGUUCUGCUACAUUGUUAGUAGCAGGUCCUCCUAGGGUGUCAAAUGUUUCUGAAGUGAAUAUAGACUGGGUCUCUCUACAAGUUAAGCAGUCCACUACUAAGUGUCAGAGUCUUGCCCUCAAGCAAUCUCACCUCAGCUAUGCUUCAAAGGGGUCCAACAGACUAGAGGGGCCAAACCCUGAGAGUACUAGUGGUGUAAGUGGCAUACAGUCUUCUCUAACCUCUAUUAACUCACUUCCAUUAGAUGAUGAAAUGGAGGCUGAGGUUCCAUGCAUAUUAUCCAGUGUCAUUGUGCAGGAGCAGGCCUUGGUUUUCUCUGAUCGAUCUGAUAUCAACAUACCUUUCAAUGCCACUCAACCAACCAACGCCUUACUACACCAAGAAGCCUCGAACUGUCAUGCUGAUGGUGCAGUGUUUCACAAGGAUGAAGCUUCUGUUCUUCUGUCCCUUUGCAAAGAUUUUGCUUCUCAUGAGGUAUUUGAAUCUGCCAAGCUGGGACCCCCUGUGGAGGAAGAUAUAGGACUGGAAGUUGGUGUUGAUAUGCAGACUGCAGCACAAUCUAGUACAUCAGCCACUAGUAGCACAGACUUGGUAAAGAAAGGAUUAGUGGAGAAUUAUUUUGGUUCAUACUCCAGCACUGAUAUUUCUGAGAUAAGCCCAGAGGAAACACCAGCCAUUAUGCAGGACAUUCAGACAGGUGUUCAGCCCACUGCAGAAGAAGAAAAUAAUGAUGAAGAAGAAAAGCCAAACCUUGAGAUGAUAGAAAAUGGCUACUAUGAGGAGACAGAUGUGCCAGCCUAUGUCAAUGGCUUGCCAGAAGUGAAGGAAAGAAGUGGAGAGGGGAAUGGCAGUGGGACCCCAGAAGCUAGUAGCUCUUUCUACAUGAAUUUGGAGCAGAUCAGGAAUAUUCAUUUCCCCUGGACCUACUUACAAGCUCAAACCACCAAGCCACUGCAGACCAAUACAAUUCUACACUGGUAUGAAAGCUCACCUCCCGCUCAAAUGAAAUUAUUUGCCCAGGCAAAAGAGGAGCUCAAGAAGUUUAAUCUGCCAGGAUUCCUCUAUAGUGAAGUGGCUGAAUUGGCUUCAGCGGUGCCAUAUUUUAGUCUGGAUGAGGAUGAGAGCUCUGACGAUGGUGUUCACCUUAUUGUGUGUGUCCAUGGCCUGGAUGGUAACAGUGCAGAUUUAAGGCUGGUGAAGACUUACCUAGAGCUGGGAUUGCCUGGAGCUCGCAUAGACUUCUUAAUGUCGGAGCGCAACCAGAAUGACACUUUUGCUGACUUUGAUUCUAUGACUGAUCGACUUUUGGAUGAAAUUGUACAAUAUAUUCAAAUCUACAAUCUCAGCGUUUCUAAAAUAAGCUUUGUGGGUCAUUCUCUGGGAAAUCUAAUCGUACGCUCUGUGUUGACAAGGCCCAGGUUUAAGUGUUAUCUUAACAGACUUCAUACCUUCCUUUCACUGUCUGGACCACAUCUUGGAACCCUCUACAACAGCUCAGCCCUUGUCAAUACUGGACUGUGGUUCAUGCAAAAAUGGAAGAAGUCUGGCUCUCUUUUGCAGCUGACUUGCCGUGAUCACUCAGAUCCCAGGCAAACGUUUCUCUACAAACUAAGCAAGAAAGCUGGUCUUCAAUUUUUCAAAAAUGUGGUGCUUGUAGGCUCUCUGCAGGACCGUUACGUGCCCUAUCACUCUGCUCGCAUUGAGAUGUGCAAAACAGCCUUAAAAGACAAGCAGAUGGGGCCAGUCUAUACUGAGAUGAUUGAGAACUUACUAGUACCGGUGCUCCAGAACAAAGACUGUAACCUGGUGCGCUACAAUGUCGUGCAUGCACUGCCCAACACAGCCAACUCUUUAAUAGGCCGGGCAGCCCAUAUUGCUGUUCUGGAUUCUGAAAUAUUCCUGGAGAAGUUCUUCCUGGUAGCUGGACUAAAGUUUUUUCAGUAGCCGGUUAGGACAGACAGUGAUGGCACAAAUACCUCCAAACAUUAAAAUAGCAUUCUCAAUGACCUAUAUUUUCUCCUUAAUAUUUAGAUUUUAUUCAUCAUAAAUGUAGUAUACAUAUUUUUUGUAUUGCCAUUUUUUUUUUUUAUAAUUCUUUUUUAGUAUUCUGUUCAACAUGGAAAUAGUUAAUUGUACAUAUGUUGCAUGUGUUUCAGUGUUAUUUAAGUUAAACAUAUUUUUAUGUCUAAAGGAAAACAUGUUUUUUUAUUAAACUUUGUCAACACAGAACUGGAAUUAUAAAUAAUUAACAUGUUUGUCAUAACCUACUAAAGGGCCAGUUUUGUUGUGAAUGUUUAACACAAUCUAAAUGUAUCAGGAGUAUCUACUAUCCAGACUGCAUUAGAUAUUUUUUCAAUCAGAAAUUUACACACAUUUUGUUGAAACAGCCUUGUGCUUUGCUUUGGUUUUAUAUGACUUGUCAUUGCAAAGUCAUGCACAACGAAUUGUCCCAGCCUGGUGUUGGGUAAAACAACAUAGCAUGUUAGCAUUUUACAUAAGGUGUCCACAUUCUAAAGUAAUUUUUAUUUGUUUCAUUUGAGUUAAAAAAUUCAUAACUUAUUGUUUUUUGUUUAUAUUUAAGAGAACAAAGUUUAAUUUGUUAUUGGGUGCUAAUUUAUGCAUAUAAGCAAGAAAUGUAAAUGAAACGUAAAUUUUAUUAUACACCAAAAAUGUUUUUUCUAUAAUAGACCUAAAUAUCAUUAAAUAAAAUAAAUUAAAGAUUUUGUAUUUUCAGUACCUUCAAAAUGUUUUUUUUUUUUUUUAAAUAAUGUACACUGCCUGGGCAAAAAAAAAGAUCACACACUCUUGAUAUUUUGUUUGACCACCUUUUUCUUUUCUUUUAAUGGGAGAAAAUGGCUGCUGCAUAAAGUUUUAUCUGGCACAUCCCAUAGAUUUUCAAUGGGGUUGAGGUCCACAAGCACAGGAUAUGUUUUCCAACAUGGUUGUUCAAGAAGCUAAAAGUAAAAAAAUGAUUUAUUUAUUUGAUUCCAUCUGUCUUUAAAAUAGACAAAUCCAAUUAGUAAAACCAGGUAAUUGACAUUUUAUUACUAAGCUUAAAUGUUUUUUACUGUUAAAUAUAAAAUAUAUAGAAAAUAUAAGUAUGUACACAGACUUUUUUUUUCUUUUUCUAUAGCUUAUUUAUUGUACCUUUUUGUUUUAGUUUGUAGUAAUGGCCAUAAUUUGACAAAUAUAUUUGUUGGACACUGAAGAAGAUGGGGCCAUUUUUGUUCAGCCAGUUUACAUACGUGUAUCUAAAGGCACAUUACUACGUGUUUGUUUAAUUUGUUUAUAUGCAAAUAGUCUUUUCCAAUGUUCAGAUUUUCUUAAUUUUAUUAUAUAGCAGACAAUAUGAACAAUCCUCCACUAAACCACCAAGGGACUGCCUUAAUUUCACUUCCUGUGUUUUAUGAGCCCUUAAUGAAUGAACCAAUUCAAUUUCUGUUUUCCUUUUUUAGUUGCUGAAAUGUAUUGUUUGUUUUUGUUUUUGCAAUGUGGCCUUUUGUGUUCGUUUUAAAUUUACAAUGUGUUUUUCUAAUCCUUGAUUUUAGUUUUUCUUAUUUUUGUGUUUUCUUUUCAUAUUUUGUUUGCAUACAUUCUCAUUUAGUAAAAUGUAAGGUAGACCUCUGGUGGUAUAGAUCAUAAAUUAGAAAUACCAAUAGUCAAAGAAACUAAAUGAUUAAAGAAGGGGGUCAUUAGUUAUUGUUUUACAACUGCCAGAAACUCGGCUGUUCUGAUAUCAAGAGAAUCAUCUACCCACAUGCCUGAACCGAGGAGUCUUAUUGCAUUACUUCCUUGUACCAUGUGAGAUGGUAAGACCUUUCGAGCAUUUCUAGAGGGUUGGAGGUAGCAUGGUGCUGUGAGGAAGAAGGCUGAAGGUCCAGUUUGGUCCAGGCAAGUAUCAGCAUUUUAAAUCUGAACUAGAAUUGCAAAUAAUAUUUUUAUUUCUAUAAAAUGCUGUCUAAAACAAAACUUUAAACAUGAUCUACACAAAAUGACCCAUGUUCUAAAUAAAAUCUGAGGAUAACUUUUCUGCUUUUUUAACACAAGUGAAUUUGCUGACUUCUCAAGAAAGCAAGGAAACAGUCUUUAUUAUAUUGUCUUAAUAAACCAAACAGCAUGUCUUAA